AUGAAUUCUACUUUAUUCGCGAAAGCGGUGCUGCCGCCGCGCAUCCUCUCCCCCGUUCAAAUUUGUCGGAGGCAGAGGUUACGAGAGAGCCUGCGAAGGCGCCCCCAGAGCAGUACCCUCUCUUCCCUGUCCACGAGAAGGCCGCGGAAUGUGCCGGCGAGGCCUAUACGCCCGGCUGCUCCUUAUAGACGGCCCUUCCACGCUACCCCACAUCCUCUCGCGAUCAAAGAUCCGUAUCGAGCGUUGGGUGUAGACAAAUCGGCUUCGACGGCCGAGAUCAAGAAAGCCUACUACGGCCUAGCGAAGAAGUUCCACCCGGAUACCAACAAGGACCCCACGGCCAAAGACAAGUUUGGCGAAAUCCAGUUCGCAUACGAGAUCCUCUCGGACCCGCAAAAGAGGGAGCAGUAUGACCGAUUCGGCGCCGCCGCCUUUGACGCGAAUGGCCAACCUGCGGAGGGGAACCCCUUCACAGGAGGCGCGGGAAACCCCUUCGAAGGGUUCACGGGAGAGGGGGGCUUCGGCGCCAACAUCAACUUUGAUGACUUGUUUUCCGCAUUUACAGGUGGACGUGCGGGUCCUUUCGGCGGAGGCCGCUCUGGCAAGAACCCCUUCGCCCGAGAAGUUGCCGUAGGAGAGAACAUCGAGAUCCAAACGAACAUAUCGUUUAUGGAAGCGGCGAGGGGGGCAACCAAGACAAUCGAAAUACACCCCCUAGUCCAGUGUACCAGUUGUUCCGGAAGUGGGUUGCGGCCGGGCACUAAGCGAGUAGAAUGCAGAGACUGCAACGGCACCGGCACACAGGUGCAUUUCAUGUCUGGAGGUUUCCAGAUGGCGUCUACCUGCGGCGCUUGCGGCGGCACGGGCCAAGUCACGCCAAGAGGAUCAGACUGUCGAACGUGUGGUGGCAAUGGUGUCAAGAGAGAGGACCAGACCAUCACCGUGGAUAUUCCAGCGGGAAUCGAAGACGGAAUGAGGCUACGGGUGGACGGAGAAGGCGAUGCGCCGGUGACCGGCGGCCAUACGGAUGGAAAUGUCAAGACCGCUCGGGGCGACCUCUACGUCCUCAUCCGAGUCGCGUCCGAUCCGAAGUUCAAGCGGGCGGGUUCGGAUAUUCUAUAUACGGCAAGCAUCCCAUUGACUACCGCCAUCCUAGGUGGCGACACGACGGUUCCUACUCUAGACGGGUCAGUCAACGUGAAGGUGGCGACCGGCACAAGCACAGGUGACAAGAUAACACUGCCCGGACUCGGCAUGAAGAAGUUAGGUACCCGACGCAAUUUGGUAGGAGACCUCAAGGUGGAGUUCCGGGUCACGAUGCCAAAGUACCUCUCCGCCAACCAGAGGACGAUCAUAGAGAUGCUCGCAGACGAGAUGGGAGACAAGACAGCGAGACGGAUCAUGAACGUCAAGAUGCCCGAAUCCUCCUCGCCCGGGGAAGCAGGAAGAGACGACGACCCCCAAACACAUAGAAACGAAGGAUUCCUGAAGUCCAUAUGGCACAAUCUCACGAACCACCCAGGCCACCAAUACCCCGGGCAGAAAGCUUCCGGCGAGCAGAAGAAGACCGGCAAGAACGAAGAGCCCAAGAAAGAGUCCGGGUCCGGUUCGGGCUGA